UGCUCCGACAUCGUGCGGUAUGCCUUUGCUUGCGAGACUGCAACGGACUACGUCUUGAUCUUCGAGGCCUGUGAUGUAGACCUUUGGGAUGCGCUCACGGGCGCUUGGUCUCGUGGCAAGGCCUCCAGCAUGGAAAGGCGAGCAUGGUCCUUGCAGCUUUGCCGAGCUGUGAGCCACUGCCAUCGCCUGCGUGUCCUUCACCGGGACGUGAACCCCUGGAAUGUACUUCUCGUCCUCGAAGGCUCCGAUUCGUCAUCGGCACGACUUGGCGACUUCGGACUUGCCGUGCAAAUGGACUCCCCGGAGCUACGGGGAUGGGAGACGCCUGGGGCGGCACCUCUGGACGACUCGGCCAUCGGCUCGCUCUACUCGGCACCCGAACUCGGGGAUGCCUACGGCUUUCCGGCAGAUGUUUUCAGUCUGGGAAUGACCCUGUUGGCCAUUUGGGGCUCUGCCGACUUGGGCGAGGAGGAACUCAUCACCCUCGUCGAAGGUGCAAAGCAGGCCGCAUGCUCUGCCUCCUCCUCGUCCUCCCACGUGGGCUCCUUGGGCAAGGGACUACCUUGGGGACUCCACCCUGUACUGGCCGAUGCUCUUGCGCACCAGGCCGCUGCGAGGCCAAGUGCCGCCACUUUGCGCGAUCGUGUGGAGGUUGCCAGUCGUACCACCCUUCAGCAGGUGAAGGCGCUGUUCAAAACACACUGUCACCAGCAGCUGACCCCGGUGGUCCUCGGAACAGUACUGGACUCUUUGGGCAGCCCAAAAGAGUCGAACGAAGAGAUGGUCGCCUUGGCAUUCCGCAUGCUUGGCAGUUCCGGCCGAAUGGAUGUUGACUCUUUCUUGAAGUGGGUUUUCCAGGAGGGGAGCUCGGUGCCAGCCUAG